UUUAACUUCACAGAACUCGGUGCCCCGUCCACAAAUAACACUUUUUGUUUACUGACGGAGCUGGUGUGCAGGAUAUUCUCCUGUUUCUCUCAUUUUAAUGCACCUCUUAAAAAAUGUCAGACUGUGAUUCUUCCUGCCAAUCCUAUGAGAAGAAUAGCAAGAAUAACCACCUCUGUGAAGGAAGUGAGGGUUCAGAGGAUGGAGGCAGGAAGCUGAAGAGGAGAGAGAAGAACAGAGUUGCAGCCCAGAAGAGCCGGAAGAGACAAACACAGAGAGCUGACCUUCUGCAUGAGGCCUGUGAGCUGUUGGAGCAGAGGAACAGAAACCUGAAAAGAGAGGUGGAUUCUCUGUCCGAAGAGCAGCGCCUGCUGACCGACGCACUCAGGGCCCAUGAGCCCUAUUGUCCCAUCAUGCACUGCUCCUUUGCCUCCUCCUCAUCCUCAGCCAGCAUGCAGCCUGACACCAUGGCAGCCCGCUCAGUCUGAAGCAAGUAAUAAUGUUUCUGAGCACAGUGACCAGAGUAACUUGUUAUUUAAAGCUACUGCUAUGUAAUGCACCAGUAAAACCCCUGGAGGGCGCUGUUCACCAUGAUCAGAGAUAAAGUGGUGAUUAAACAGGCUGCGGUGCUGCUGAACACUUGUAAUCACAGUGAACAGUGUCCUCUGGUGGUUAAACCUUUUACAGCCCAGCUCAUGUCCAUAAUGUAAAUACAGUCAUAGAUUUAUAUCACACUGUAGCCUACAUUUCCUCCUCUACCUUCUGAUACAAAAGGCUCGAUUCCCCUUUCAUUCUUUAAUUCUUGAUUUGCAGAAUGAAUUCUUCCAUUAGCUCAUUUGUUCUUUGCUAUAUGAGUGCAUGGCGUUGACUGUAGUCACAACUGCGACAAAGCACCAAAUACAUAUUUUCCAAAAAAUAAAAAUUUGUGUGAUUCGUUAAUGUGAGAGGGAAACUCCUGCACAAUUUGUUCAUUGAAACCUAAUGAAAAUAAGACAUUA